CCGAGGUGCAGGGCCCGGGGCUGCGUCGCGGGGAAGUCACCUAUGGGACUUUCCAAAAGCAAACACAAACUCCGGAAAGGUGGGGAGCCAAAGUCGGGGCGCACCUAUUCAAUCCCAAAGGCUACGGAAAGGCCGGUGGACAGGCCUUCACAAGAGUCUGAGAAGCCUCCAGACACCAAGCCUGCAGAGAGCUUCCGUGAGAAGAAAGGGGCAGCUAAGCGGCAGUGGCCUUCAUGUCUUGCUCCUGCGUUUGUCACCCGGGCUGCCCGGCAGCUCAGGCUUUCCACGGGGAUGGUGCGGGUGCCUGUCCCGUUCCCCUCCUGGAAGGAGGCCUCCAGGGUCACCACCGCGUGGCUGCGUUGCCGAUUGGUAUUCCUUUGCUCUGGCCCUAACACAGAUAUUGUCUGUUUUACAGAAGAGUUUUUCCACAGACUUAUGAAAUACCUGGAUGUUUUCUUCCUUCUAGAGAAACCUGAUGUAAAUUCAGAAAAGAAGAAAUUUGCCAUCCCCCAGAUCGUCGUCACCACAGCCUCAAAAGAGACUCUGAUCAGCUACGGUUCCACAGGAAUGGAGGAGCAGAGGACCAUUCGGGAAAGGGCUGAGCCGGGCCCGUUCUACCGACACAGGAACCCCAGUACGGUAGACGCCUAUAAUUCACAGACCAAAGAAUAAACUGGCACCCCAGCAGCUGCAGUCACUCCCUGCGCUCCGAGUCUCAGAGGUGAUGGCAAAGGGCUGCCCUAUCCUGUGGAGAGCUGCAGGUGCCCCUUCAGUAAACAAGGCUCUCCCCAGCUUCUCCAAAGCCGCAGGCAGCUUGGCAGAGGGCAAGAGUGACUCUGGGGUAAUCGGUGAAGAGAUGACCCUGUUGGAGCUGUCUGGCUGUGCAGAGUGAUGAACCGGUAGCAGGCAGCAUCUCUUGCUGACUCUGGAUGGGCAUUAGAACCCUUCCCGUUCGCUUCGGAAGGAGCGUGGUGUAAGCACUCAGCAGUUACAGUGGAGGAGGUGUCCCCCACCCUUGAACAAAAGGUCGGACUCUGAGGACGAAACCUUAAGGUGUUAGGUCCCAGAACAGGGAAGUGCACAGUCACCUUGGAGGGUCCAAGGGCUCCUAGCUUGAGUAUUAAGGAUGCAAGGUAUUAUAGGAUCCAGAAGAAGAAUGCGGAUGCAGGUGUGGUGGCAGCCAUGGCACUUAGAACUGUGGAAGUGGCUUUGUCAGAGCUGCCCUGGGAGAAGGUGAGUUGAACUGAUGACUUCCCCUCUUUCUGGCUGUGUUUGAGGGCUCCUGGUGGGGAGGGGCCGUUCAGGGGACCCCCAGCCUCAGCUGUCCAUCCUCACCAGCAGCCCUUGGGUCAGAGUCCCCUCUCCUCCGGGGUGGCUGGAGAGAGUGCCCUGCCCGUCCGAGCUCAUACGUUUAGUCUGAUGACAGUACACGUCAGCUUCCUUCGUUCCUGGAAUGGUCAGCAGGCCGUCCACAUGGUCUGUCUCUGUCUAUUGAUGAGGGUCAUAUUCCUUAGUAGUAAACAGUACAAGUGACUUCCAAUCCAUGAGUUUUGGUAUAACCCAAGAAAAAAGAAAUCUCAUAUUGACAUUGUUUACUAACAUAUUAUCAACAUCCUUAUUUGUAUUUAUUUAGUAUGUUUAUUUAUGCAUCCUGACUUCCACGACUAAAUAUUUAUACAGAAAAAUCAAGCCCGUACAAAGGUGAGUUUGAACCCAUCGGGUCAGCAUGCCUCUCCUUCUCUAUAAAGUUUCUAGUAGCUGUUGCAUUUCUAUUAUUUGACCUAGAAAUUGCCCUCCUCCUACCCCUGCCCUGAGCAUCUCAAACAAAUAAUCCAAAAACUGUACUUACCAUGGCAUUAAUUCUAAUCUCAUUAUUGGCCGUGAGCUUAGCUUAUCAGAAUUCUAAAAACCAGAAUGAACUGAAUGUGGUAAUUAGGUUAAAUUAAAUCAUUUUGACUCAUGA